AGUUACAACAAAAAAGUUAAAAAUAAACCGGUCUCGAAUCGUCGCCGGCAAGUUAUUUUGAUAUUGUUUAGAUUAUUGUAACUGCAUUUAUAAAACAACAAUGAACCUAAAUAACCAUGGCUAGCAUCAACGAAUACAAGCGUUUCUUUCCAAUUGAUAGUAUUUCAAAAGUAUGUGAAUUGUUUGAAGCACAACUACGCAGUGAAAAAGAGCCAGAUCUGUCAUUGUUUUCCAUUCUUGUUGGAGCAGUUGAAAAUAAUUUAACAAAUAUUAAAGCCAGUGAUAAGGAUGUCAACUUGGCUAACAAUAAAUUUGUGAAAAUGAAAUUUCCCUCAGUAUCGUGGGAGGAUGUAAAAUCACUGUAUGACAGAUUUUCCUCAUUGAUGAAGAGUGGUGUCGAUUCCAAGUUAUUGCAGGGUGAUUACUCUAGUCGUGAUUUAAUAAAACGUGUGGCAGAUGUAGUUUGGAAUUCGUUGACACGUAGUUAUUACAAAGACAGAGCACAUCUGCAAUCAAUAUACAGUUUUUUAACAGGAAACAAACUAGAUUGUUUUGGUGUAGCUUUUGCUGUCACAGCAGGGUGUCAAAUACUUGGAAAGCGGGAUGUGCAUCUUGCACUAUCAGAAGAUCAUGCCUGGGUGGUUUUUGGUAAAGAUGGAAAAGAAACAGCAGAGGUCACAUGGCAUGGUAAAGGCAAUGAAGACAAAAGAGGCCGGUCUGUAGGUGAUGGUGUUCUUGCACAUUCUUGGUUAUACGUAGCAGGUAAACCAGUAGUGUGCACACGAAUCAUGGAACUAGCAGCACUUGUAUCAUCAAUCAAUCCUACCUUAACGCCAACCAUUGAUGUUCAUGAGGUUGCCCUGCUCCAAUAUAAACUUUUAUGGCUUUUAUAUACGAAAGGUCAUUUAGAUACUUAUCCAAUGGCAUUAGGGAAUCUUGCUGACUUAGAAAUAUACAUGAAAACCUAUAGUGACACAGAUGACUUUGAGAAUUUUACUGAUGAUGAUGCAAACGAUGCAAAAAUUACUCACAGGCCUGAUUCCGCUACUCUAUACUUACAAGCAAUUAGAUCUGCCAGAACAUAUUAUGAUGACAGACAUGUAUAUCCAUACACAUUCCAAGGUGGCUAUUAUCAUCGUCACAAAAUGUAUAAGGAGGCUUUUCACGCUUGGGCAUGUGCUGGUGAUGUAAUACGUCAUUAUAAUUACUCGAGGGAUGAUGAAGAAAUUUACAAGGAGUUUUCAGAAAUAGCAAAUGAACUGAUACCACAGUUGAUGAAAGCGGAAAGUUCCGGCCAUUCAGCGAGAUCAAUCUUGAAGGAUCCUGAAUGCUUUGCAUCACUUUUGAGAUUCUAUGAUGGUAUUUGCAAAUGGGAAGAAGGCAGUCAAACACCUAUUUUACACAUUGGGUGGGCUAAGCCUCUGGUGAGCACUAUAUCCAAAUUUGAUGCAGAAGUAAGAGCACAAGUAAAUAUUGUUUGUGACACAGAUAGUGGUAAGAUUGGCGACGAAACAAAAACUCUGGCCGACAUUGAGAGUGAAGGUAAAGAUUUUCAGGAGAGCAAUGACAGUUGGAACAACAAAGUGUCAGACAAUAAGAUGUCAGUAAGGGAGCAGUUGACAGCUGCUGUCAAUAGUAGACCUAAAGUCACUCUGUACAGUCACAAGAUGGCCGCUCUCAAGCCAUUAUUAUUGGCUGAACGGCUCAACACCCAUGCUCUACAAUUACAAUUGACUGCACAGAGUCAACUUCAAAUACCUCACACACAAAGACGCGAUGAGGACGAACUGAAUACAGCGUCUAUAUCACGGGCAAAACGCGCGCGUCGGGAACGUUAAUGAAACUAAUUUAUUUGAGCUAAUGAACAAACAGUAUUUCGUAACCUACCGGAAAUUAUUAUUUCUCAUUCAUGUAAAUAGUUAAGAUAGCGAGUAAUCAUAUUGCUAUCUAACUAGGACUAAUAAUUUACUUGCACUAGAUUGAUUUUUAUGUUUUAUGCUUAUUUUACUUAUGCAAGAAUGCUAUGUAUACCUAACUAAAUGUAAUGACUCUACCUCUUUAAGUCGUUUGCAUGAGUUUUUAAGAGCCUGUGUAAUAAUUCCUGUAGGAUAAAUCUCAUUCAGAUUUUCCAAAGAGAUUUUCGCACCUCUGCAAUGAAAUUGUGUAUGUACAACCGAGACUGUUACUUUCUAAAGUACAAAUCUCAUAAGUGGAUAUAUUUUUGUAUAGGUAGUUUUUAACUCUGUUAGAAAGUGUCAUUGUUUUCUAAGUGUAUAGUUGUUUAACAAUUAAGUAGUACGUUUAAAUACAUUCUUUUUAAUUUAAGAAUGAAGCUUUACCUACAAUUCGACUGCAAUACGACACAGAGUGAAACUCUGUAUAAUUUUAUUUUUUCCUUGUCUUUAGAUAUUGUUUAAGUAGUUUAUUAAAAGUUUAACUCUACCAAGUAGAAGUGUAUAAAUUAUAUUGUGAUGUAAAAGUUUAGAAACUCUUGUUUGUUAUGUUGAUAAAUUACCGAUAAAAUCAUAAUCGUUCUUACGCAUAGUAGGCCAAUUGGUCGCCUUACAUUGGGACAAUUUUUGUAGGUGGCAAGUCAUGUCUGUUUACACUCACACGCAAGUUACAAAAUGUAGCUGUCUUUUCUAUCACUGUUUGGCGUCAGAAUCAUUUUUGCAUCAUUUCAAUGUGUAAGUAUGCGGAACACAAUUGCUUAUUUUGUAAUUAUAAUAACGUAUUUAUAUUGAUAAUGAAGUGCAAAUAUCCGACGUGAAACCAAGCUAGGGAUAUUUCUAAUAAGUGAUUGAUUCCAGCUAAAAAAACAAUAAAAAAACGUUGAAAAUUACCUACCAUGCGAUUACAACCUCCCAACAAUAUAAAAAAACAACUUGAUAAGAAAACAUUCAUAAAUAAUAAAUAUGUACUAGUUUUGUUUUAUUUUUAUUCUUUUGUAUCAGGAUAUAUGAUAUAUAGUUAAGUAUGUUUGUUAAAAGUUGUAGGUUUGUAGGUUUUAGCUCUUAAAUUCAUUUCAUUAAUAUUGUAAUAUGCUAUCAAAUGUACGUCUUCUGUAUUUUUUUUUUUAUUUUUUCCGAUAGAUGUCUUAUUUCCUAAAUUGUGUUGUCCAAAUUAAGAAAGAAAUGCAGUCGUUUGAGUAAAAUAAGCUGUAACGAAGUGAUAGUAAUGGUACUUUAUGCAAUUAGAAAGAGACAGAGAGUGAAGCUUAUGACGCCGCCAUUUUGUUAUUAACAAUAGUUACCAAUAAUAGUAACUACAAGUACUACGUAGACAGCGAUAUUUAUUCCGUCACAAAUAGAAGGCUUCAAGUACCCGUUAAUAGCCAGGUUCGCAAACAUUCGAUUAAUAACGAGUUUCAAUAAUAUCAUUGAGUUAUGUUCACUUUAUUAAAAUCGAGUGGCAUGUUUAUAUCACACGAACAUAUUUUAACACAGAUUAGAGCGAAAUGAGGAUUUUUACAUAAUAAUAUGGUUAUAGGUAUUUCCUUUAAUUGCAAAGGUAUUUAACGCUUUUUUAAUUUCGGCGGACUAGAAAGAAAGGGGUGUCCUAUUUUCUCUGGGUCCUUGCAGUAUCUUUAUAUAAAAAUAUUUACCUUCACUACUUUAUUCACAUGCAGGUAUGAUUUUUUUUUCAUACCUAUGCACUAUUGACGCGUUACUUCAUGGCACCGUUGGCAAGCCUGUGCAUAGGAACACGGACGAGUUAAUAAAAGAAGGACUCCGCGCCGUGAUAUUAGCAAGUGAAGCACCAUUAUGCUAGUGUGUGUGCGGGAACACAAUUUUUUCUCCCUUAAAUAAUCAAAUAUGGCCACAAAUACUUAUAUAGUAUCGUUUUUACACUUUUUCACAACGCACGACGGCAUUUUUAAAAUAUUUUAUUUAGACGUAAACUGAUCUGUCAGAGACGAUGACAAUUCACAUUAUGGCCGCCUAUCGGCCUGUAGUAGUGUAAGUGUGUGCGUGGGGCUAUGCAUUUACACGUUAAUCGGCUUGUUUUGGUGCUACGCUGUUAUAUAAGGUGACACGGAGUCCUUAUUUUUUUACUAGUCCGUGCAUAGGAAAUACUUAUUAAUUACAUUUUGCCGUAUAACAUGUAGCAAUGAGGUCCAAAGCACCCUAACAAUAUUGUUUUCGUAUUUUUUACCAACGUAAAAGGUUUAGUAUUUUGCAUAUUAACUCACAUCUUUAAAACUAAAUCAAAUCACGUGUUAAUGUGGCACAUGGCUAAAGACUCAAUAUUAUUUUUUAUCUGUUGUAUUAUACUUACUUAAAUAUUCGUUUUAUUAGCAUAGAAGCAAAUGUAUUUUUUAACUUCUAUGGUAGGUACUUAUACAGACACUGGUAAUGUUAUUUAAGAAUAUAUAAAUUAAUCAUUGUACAAAAUAUGUUAUCAUGAAUUUGCAUUUAAUUAUACCUACAGCAUUUAAUAUUUGAAUAUUAAUGCAUUUAAGUGUAGCAAUUAAACUUUUUCUUGGUUAUAGGAAUUACAAUGAAAUAUUAAGUUAUUGUAUUAUUAUAAAUAUUUUGUUUUAGUGUAUAACACAAACCUUGCAACAAUAAUUAUUUUAAGUCACGCUGUUUAUAAAAUAAAAUAUAUUUGGUGUGAUACCGUAAUAACCGAUAAUGUCUCUUCCCGCAGUCUGCACUGAGCAUUUCAACUCUUUAGGGACUACGCGCACUUAUUCACCUCCAUUCGCGUUUCGCUGAACGAUUUUGGUCACACUUAUACAGCUCUGCUUCUAUCAAUCGCGUACGGCGUCGUAAGAAUGAGAAUAAUAACUUUAAAUCACGUCUGCACUCUUUAAUCUUUGCGUGCAUAAUGAUUACGUCAAAUCAAUGCAGGAACAAUACAUGUCGCAACUUGUCGACGAGGAGUCGCGAACCAUCCCUGUAAAGAGCUAUUCCGCCGCAUUCGACGGCGAUCAGCGCUGUACGCGGCGGAACAGCGCCGAACGCUCUCUAUAGCAUUCGCAUAAUAAAAACACAUUUAUCCUCAUUUUGUGCUGGUUUGCCGCGAAAGCAGAAUGGACGCGGAAAGCUGAAUCGACGCGUACACGUCUCCAUACAAAA